AAUAGGUACUCGCCUUACCUAAGGGAGGUUUCUGGGUACCCUUAAGCAUAACCGCUAGACUCAGGCGAGGGGCGGGUUUCCGACGGGAAAAGAAAACUCACGGAGAAGCACGUGCCACCGCGUUGAGCAAUGGCUUAGUCAGACACCAGUCAAUCUCAACCUUGUCGCUAACAGCACUUUUGACCUCCUACUCGGCCUAGUAUGCAAUGAUUGGAUUCGGCGUUCAAGAUUCAACGAUUCCAUAGACUGAGGUCAACAGUACAGACAACCUGUUCGCAGACUACUAGUAAGAAACAGACCAGGGCGACUCCAACCACUCUAAUUGCGCCAACGGUGCUUGAAAACACAAUCUUUUGAAAGGAGCAUGGUUUGCUGUACUAGGAGGUGAAAGCAGGGCUCCACCAUCCUCUAGCAACUAGCACAAAACGGCCUCUGGACAACAAAAUGGAGGAACUGCUUGCCAGGCACCGCAAAGAGAAGCGCGACCUGCAGUCGCGUAUCACCCAGAAGAAAAAGAACGCUACGAAGAAAACCAGGAAAGGAGUCAACGAUGAGUGUGAGCGACUGGAGCGCGAGCUCGCGGAGAGACAGGAGGCAGAACUUGCCGCAUUGACGGGCAAUGGCAACGGCAACGACACGACGGAUGGACUGGAAGCUUCCGUCGAUGCUUUAAAUCUUGACGAGGAUCCCGUCGAUGGUAACUUUGAGACCAUACCCCAGGAACAAAACGAGACACCACCCAAUCCAAACAACGUUGCACCCUCCCCUUCUCCCAGCGCAGAUCAGCAAUCACGGCCGAAGAAACCCAAUAGGCAAAAAGCCAGACUUGCCCGCAGAGCCGCGGAACAAGAAGCCCAAGCGGCAGCGGCGGCUUUAGAAGCGGAAAACCAGCCUGACCUUCGCGAACAGGAACUGGCGUCCAUGAAGAAGCAGAUGGAAAGCCUGGGCUUGUCGGAAACCCAGAUUCGACCGGAUGGACAUUGCCUGUUCUCAGCGUGUGCGCACAGCAUGCCUGCCGAACUAGUCUCCAAAACCGGUCCUAGUCCGGCCAAAGAGCCAUAUCAGAACGUUAGGAUCGCGGCAGCCGAGUUCAUGGCCUCGCAUCCCGACGACUUUGGACCUUUCUUGGAAGAGCCUCUGGAGACAUACGUGAAGAAAAUCCGGGACACGGCCGAAUGGGGCGGACAGCUGGAAUUGCAGGCGAUCGCGCGCUCUUACAAUAUUGACAUCAAUGUUCUCCAGGCGGACGGAAGAGUAGAGAAAAUCAGCUCCGCCGAAAACAAAGAUCCAGAAGAAGCCAUAUGGCUGGCUUACUACCGACACAGUUUCGGACUCGGUGAACACUAUAACGCUUUGAGGAGAAAAGAUGUGGACAAGAAGAGCAGCAACAGUUGACAGGACCAAACGAUCGAACAAUACAACAAAGUCGAGCUGGGAUGAUCAGCGAGAAUCAGACUUUUGCUAUUCUAAAGACAAAAGACUUUUUUCACUAUUCAAAUGAGCUACUUUUCGAGAGGUCAGCGAUGUCUCCAAACAGCUAUAUAAUCCAACACAUUUCCAUCCGCGUCCUUGCCGACCUGAUGCGUGUCGGCGGGAUGCCAAUGGCCCACCCUCUCAAGGGCACCCGGACUAGAUGGCGCCAAAGGAUUCAACCUGACCUCCCCCUCGGCAUCAUACUUGACCUCUUCGCCCGGAUGACUCAAAUGUUCAAGAUACGCCUUUGGGGGCGACGCAAAGGGCGGUCCGCCAAGCGAUGCUGGUUUAUUGGUAGGAAACUCGAGACAAAUCAGAUUGGCCUGGGGCGAGUGUCGAAGCAGCUCGGUCAUCCGUUUCGCCCAGGCAGGUCUGAGUCGCGGUUCCAUUGCACAGAAGAACUAGAAACAAAAUCAGCAUGCCACACAACAAACAACGCAUUAUCACAUUGCCAUAUUGUACAAAAGUGCUAAGUUCUAUUGUACUUACCGUAUAAUCAUAAAUCAAAUCAAACUUCCCAUCCUUCGGCAACCCAGCCUUUUCCAACCAAUCAUCGGAAUAAAAAUCCCCCUGGACGAAUUUAAUACUUCCUUUACCGAACUUCUCAUCGUGCACAGGGUAGUCGUCCGCAUGUUGCUGCGCGUACUCCUCGGCCGCCUUCACAGCGUCCGCGGCAUACUCUAGGCCGACGGCGUCGUAGCCAAAGCUCUGCAAGAGCACAACGUCGACUCCUCGUCCGCAGCCGGGCACUAAUGCGCGUUUCCGCCGUGGUUGACCGUCCCCGUUGCUUUCUUCAUCAACGACCAACGCAUUGCCAACCACGUCGGCAUGGUUGAUCAAAGUAUCCGGCAGGGCUGGCGAUGGAGCGUUACGGUCCCAUGGUAGAAACUCGCCUUUGGACCACAGAGCCGCCCAUCCGUCUGCGUACUUGGACCCCGAGAACUCGGCGAAAUGGCGUUUGAGUUCGGCGCGUGCUUCUUCGACGGGCAGGUCUCGUCGUUGAGGCUUGCUGUCGGAGGAUGACAUGGCUCCGAGAACUCCUGUGUACUGGAGGAGUUUGCGCACCAGAGAUAAACCGUGAUACGGCCUGGCUAUAGCUGCUGGGAUUCGAUUGGUCCAAGGAUAGUACCUCAAGCUCCGUGAGGUUGAAAGGACUGGGAAUGUCGUGGCUUGAAGCACCAAGGGUGGCACGAGGUUGCUUCGUUGGCUUGCACGAGUGAUACUGGCCCGGUUAGACGUGUGGAGGCCGGGGGGAAAUCUCAUCAGGCACUGCGGAGGGACUGGUGAGAGCGAAGAAUGGAUUCGAAAUCGACCUAGAAUGAAAACUGUCGUCCCUGGAUGGUGAUUUAAUAUGUCUGUUGUGCAACUAUAAAUAUUGAGUACUCAAUUUAUUAGUAGUAAUCAAUU